AUGGUGAUUCCAAGCGAACUUGAUCAAAAAUACUACUAUUGGGACCAGUGCAACACAAUGGUCCUAUCUUGGAUUCUCAGAGCUGUUUCACCUACCAUAGGACAGUGUGCUAUGGAUCAAUACGGCAGAAGGUGUCUGGAAGGACUUGAAGAAGCGAUUCAAUCAACAAGACGUGCUUCGUAUUGGAGAAAUCCAGUCUCAGAUUCACCAGACCAAGCAAGACCGAUUCCUGGCUGUAAAUGCUCCCCGAGCUGUGAGUGUGGAAAUAAGCUAUCUGAAAUGGUCAAGGCACAUUUUGAAAAUGAUAUGCUGUCAUCUUUUCUUAUUGGCCUAAAUGAAAACUAUGUUCAUGCUAAAAAUCAAAUCAUGUUGAUGAAACCUCUUCCUGAUGUUGGAGAAGCUUUUUCUAUGAUCUCACAACAAGAGAGACAGAUCAGUGUUGGAUCUAAUAGUCUGGGAGACAUUACAGAGGCAAGUGCCUUUUUCACUAAGUCAGAAAAUAACAAUAGAAGAUCCUUUCCCAACCAAAAACAAAGGCCUGUAUGCAGUUAUUGUGGAUAUACAGGGCAUACCAUUGAAAGAUGCUAUAAAAAGCAUGGUUACCCCCCUGGUUGGAAGCCAAGAAAUAGAAAUUUGCCAUCAGCUAACCAAGUUCAGACCUCUGUGCAAGAGACAGACAGUUUAGAAAAUAGUUCUCCUGCUACUCAUGAGGAUUACAAGAGAUUCUUGGAAUUCAUGCAGAAGGAGAGGGUCAGCAAUACUCCCCUUGAUACCACUCCUCAUGUCAACACAAUAGCAGCAAACUUUAUCUCUAAUGCUCAGAUGGAAGGUAAAGCAGCUAACUCUAAUGAUUCCAAAUCUUUGUGGAUUCUUGAUAGUGGUGCUACACAUCAUAUUGUUUGUAGUAUGCAUUUAUUACAUGUUUCCAAGAAAGUGCAGGGAAUACAUGUAGAUUUACCUAAUGGACACCGGGCAUAA